CUUUCCUUCCCUCCCUCCCUCCCUCCUUUGACUCCCCGCUGUGGUCGGGUUGGGCCAAGCAGCCAAAUCGGAGGGCGCAGGCAAGGCAGGCGAGUCCGUCUGAGGGGUUGCCAAGGCAGGGGCUGGCUGGCGCCCGAAGGGGACACCCCCUCCGCUUUCUUUCUUUCCCACUCGUCGCCUGUUGAGGACAACCCGGCCGGCUCCUGAGGAGAGAAGAGCGGGGAGCGGGGGGGGGGAGAACGGCCCCCCCAGACCUUGGGCAGCAACAUGAGUGAGCAGAGCAUCUGCCAAGCACGAGCUGCCGUAAUGGUCUAUGAUGAUGCCAAUAAGAAGUGGGUACCAGCUGGUGGAUCUACUGGAUUUAGCAGAGUUCAUAUAUAUCAUCAUACAGGCAACAAUACAUUUAGAGUAGUUGGGAGGAAGAUUCAGGAUCAUCAGGUGGUAAUAAAUUGUGCCAUUCCGAAAGGAUUGAAGUACAAUCAAGCAACACAGACUUUUCACCAGUGGCGGGAUGCUAGACAAGUAUAUGGACUCAACUUUGGCAGCAAAGAAGAUGCCAAUGUCUUUGCAAGUGCCAUGAUGCAUGCCUUAGAAGUGUUAAAUUCACAAGACUCUGGUCCAACGUUGCCUCGACAAAAUGCCCAGCUUCCCCCACAAGUGCAAAAUGGGCCAUCCCAAGAAGAUUUAGAAAUCCAGAGAAGACAGCUGCAGGAGCAACAACGACAAAAGGAGUUGGAAAAGGAGAGGCUGGAACGUGACAGAAUGGAACGUGAAAGGCUGGAGCGGGAACGGCUAGACCGAGAGAGGUUGGAGCGAGAAAGGCUAGAAAAGGAAAGACUGGAACGAGAGCGGUUAGAACAGGAGCAACUGGAGAGGGAGCGGCAGGAGAGGGAGCGGCAAGAACGCCUAGAAAGAGAAAGACAAGAGCGGGAGAGAUUGGAAUGGGAAAGGCAAGAAAGAGAACGGCAAGACCAACUAGGAAGAGAGCAGCUGGAAUGGGAAAGAGAAAGAACACUGUCAAGUGCUGCUCCAUCUUACGACAACUCCCAGUAUAGUACUUCACUUCCUGAAUACUCCAGUUGCCAGCCUCCUUCAGCACCACCUCCUUCAUAUGCUAAAGCAAUGUUAGACUCUACUCCGGAUUAUGCUAUAGUGACUUCUGCACAGUCAGUUUCCUCUCCCCCUACACCACCACUUAGACACUCUGCAUCACGUUUUGCUACAUCUUUGGGCUCAGCCUUUCACCCUGUUCUUCCCCAUUAUGCCACAGUUCCUCGUCCAGUAAACAAAAAUUCUCGACCACCUUCCCCUGUGAACCCCCCUGCAUCUUUGCCCCCAAGUACCAAGUCCACUACUUGGUCUGCUUCUAGUUUUGCACCUCUUCCUCCUUCUCCUCCUGUAAUGAUUAGCAGCCCCCCAGGCAAAGCCACUGGCCCAAAGCCUGUUCUCCCAAUUCCUGUUACUGCUCAAUUAUCCCAAAUGACACCAUCUCCUACUGCGCCUAAUGGUCUUCCGGAAUUGGCAAAUUAUCCAGUUCCUUCGCCGCCUACCUCGGGUCCAACGCCGCCGCCACCAGCUUCCUUUCAGCCUCUCUCGUUCUCUGGACCUCAAGCUUCUUCUCCAAGCUCCCCUAAUGCCUCGGCUCCCUCAUCCAAGCCUAGUGUUCUCCCUUCUCCCUCUGCAGCUCCCCCUGCCUCUGUUGAGAACUCUCUAAACUCUGUGCUGGGAGACUCCUCUGCUUCUGAGCCAGUCUUGCAGACAGCCUCUCAGCCGGUUGAAUCUCCGUCCCAGCAGGGUGUUAUUCAAGGACCACCUGCACCUCCACCCCCACCACCUCUUCCACCUGGCCCGGUCCAGUCCCCACCAGCAGUCCCUCCUCCUCCUGGGCCACCUCCACCACCUCCUCUUCCACCAUCAGGGCCUCCCCCACCUCCGCCUCCUCCCCCCCUUCCUAAUCAGGUUCCUCCUCCUCCCCCUCCCCCUCCUCUCCCCACCACUGGUUUUUCCAUGGGAUUGAUGUUUGAAGACCACCGUCCCCUAACAGGACUCGCAGCUGCUCUUGCUGGAGCCAAACUCAGAAAAGUAUCACGGAAUGAAGAGUCUUCUAGUCCAAGUGGAGGAACCAGCUCUGCUUCACCUAAAACAGAUACUGGUCGUGGAAAUGGGCCACUUCCCCUUGGAGGAAGUGGGUUAAUGGAAGAAAUGAGUGCACUGCUGGCAAGAAGGAGAAGGAUUGCUGAGAAGGGAUCGUCGGAAGCAGAACCAAAAGAAGAAAAAAAUGAAGAACCAGAGCCUUCAGCUUCUAAGCCUCCUUCAACAAGCACACCUGAACUAACCAGAAAGCCUUGGGAAAGAACAAAUACAAUGAAUGGAAGCAAGUCACCCAUUAUCUCAAGACCAAAAUCUGCAUCCGCUGGGCAACCCAAUACCAAUGGAGUUCAGUCUGAAGGGCUAGACUAUGACAGAUUGAAACAGGAUAUUUUAGAGGAAAUGAGAAAGGAAUUAACAAAACUAAAAGAAGAAUUAAUCGAUGCAAUCCGGCAAGAACUGGGCAAGUCGAAUACAGCGUAGAAAGACAAGGACUAAGCCGUUGUGACCACUGGUCUUGGCACAAAAUCAACCACAUUUUGUGAGCUGUUAGAAGACAAUGGAAAAUACACUUGGAAGAAGGGGAAAGCAAGAUUCUGAAAACUCUCAGACCUCACUAUGCUGAUACCCUUUCCCUUUGCUACUGUUUUCUGACUUUUCAGCAGGGUGGAAAAUAGUCUUAAGUUGUGGUAACAAGUUAUGCAGAAAAUCCUAUACCUGUCAGACAAGAUCACAGUGCAUUGAAAUGUUUUUUCAUACCAAGAUGAAGCUGCACAUUCACAGUUCAUUAAGAGACAAAAAAAAGAGGAAAAGCUUGGAAGGCUUUUCAGAGAGGUUUUUCUUAUGAAGGAAGGAUUUAGCGAGUUAUACUGUUGUACAAAUGUAUCUCAGGUUAGUCUUCCUAUCAUAUUGGGUAUUUCAAUGAAUUAAAGAUCAAACAUGACUUUGGUUCACAAAAUAAAGAACAGAUAGGAGAGUGCUGUAAAACACAAUACUGUUGAAAUGAGAGAUCUAGAAUGUGAUGGUAUAUCGAGUUUUGGAAUCUUACAAUCGGAAGCCUCUCUCGUUAGCCUUCAUGCAGUUUUAUAGAGAAAAAUGCAAACGCUAUCCAGAGAAUAAAGAUGUAGAUGCCUUCCUAAAAUGUUAUGCUUUACCAAAUCUAAGACUUCUCCAGAAAUACAAAUCAAUGGUCAAAUGUAAAUUGUUAGAUUGUUAUAGAUUUACCAUAGUUUUUGAGCUUUUAAGAUUUAUGCAUGUAGACAUUUUUGUAAUAUAACACAACCACAGAGUUGGCUUUUUAAUUUAAAACAUCCUUGCAUGCCACAAAUAUUAAGUAGCCUUUUUACAGUAAGGCCUAGUUAAUGCCCAGGCAAAACUUGGGAGGUGUAGGGUUGGGAAUAGGGGUGACUUUUUUAUUUAAAGAUUUGUAUUAAUGCUGCACUAUUUUUCCUUAUAUUGCAUGCAUGUGUAAUAAUAAGGAAAAUGUUGUGACUUAUCAGUAACCAUGUUAAAUAGAACCAGGUACUUAAUACUUUUUGUAUCAUUUCAUUUGUAUUUCAAACUUAAUUAUGCUUCAGUAACAGUUCUGGAAACCCCAAUUGGUUUUGCUUCUUUUCUUAACAUAAUGUUAAGCAUUAAGCAUCAUGUUUAUUCUUAGAGGUGAUUUUUAAAA